AUAGUAAACAGCUGUUUGUUGAUUAAACGUGAGUUUUCACGUGUACAAUUUGAACCUGGAACUAUUUGCCAAUAACAACAGUAUUGUGCUUGGACUUAAUUGAAAAAUGGGUGAUAAAAUUUAUAUAGAUAAAACAAGAAAAUAUAAUGAUGCCGACGAUUAUGAACCUACUGAUUCUGAAGAUGAAUAUAACGAAGAGGAGAAAGAAUUGUUGCGCCAGGUUCGAAAAAGCCGUAGGAAAAGCGAUGACACAAAUGAAAAUGAGCUAAUGGCCUUUGAUGAAAGUAAUGACGAAGAAGAUGAGGAUGGCGAUGAUGUCGGCGCCUUAAUGCGCGAUAGUGACAUAGAAGGUGCCGAAAGUGAUGAUGACCUUCCGGAUACCACCGAUUGGGGCAACAAAAGCAGGAAUUAUUACAAUACAGAUUUUGUGGAUCCCGAUUACAGCACCUACACUGCAGAGCAGGAAGAGAUGGCGAAGGAAGAAGAAGAGGAGGCUAAAAAAAUACAAAUGCGUUUGGCGAAACAAAUGAAAGAAGAGGAUUUUCUUUUGGAUGAUGCUUUACUUCAUGCAGUCAAACCAAAGGACAAAAAGGUAAAGGCAGAUGUAGUGGAAACAAUCAAAGUCAGCGCUGACCUAGCUGGUAUAGCGAAACGGGAUAAAUUACGAUUGCUUCAAGAAGAUUCACCAGAAUUCGCGCCACUUACGAACGAUUUUGAAAACUAUUUAACGGAGGUGGAGCAACUGGUAUCGCCAGUGAUGAAAUAUGUGCGCCAAAAUAAUGUACCGAUGAUUCCGGCAUUGCAAUUUGCAGAACUGUAUCAAAAUAUAGCCUUAAGCUAUUGUUCCAAUGUGGCGUUUUAUCUGCUGCUUAAAGCUAAACGUGCCGCUGUACGAAAUCAUCCAGUUACAAAGCGAUUGCUUCAACUAAAGAAACUAAUAAAGCAGCUGCAAGACAAAUAUGACAACAUAAUACGUCCGCAAUUAGAGGCGCUGUUGGAGCGUAUUGUUGAUGGUGAUAAAUUUCAAGUGUUAGAAGUGAAGGAUGCCAUAGAAAGAACCAAAUCAAAGAAACCUAAAUUAGGAAUACUCAAACAAUACGAUGAAAAAGUUAAAAUUGAUGACAAAGUACAAGCGGCAACAGAUGACGCUGAAGAAGGCGACGAAAUGGAAGUUACAGAUGGUGUACAGGAGGCGGAUGAAGAUACACGUCGUGGUAUUACCUAUCAAAUCGCCAAAAAUAAGGGUCUCACACCAGCACGAAAGAAAGAAUUGCGGAAUCCGCGUGUCAAGCAUCGCAACAAGUUCCGCAAAGCGUUGGUACGACGCAAGGGAGCAGUUCGCACUGUACGCAAGGAGACGAAGCGGUACGGUGGCGAAAUAUCCGGUAUCAAGGCGACCGUCAGCAAGAGUGUCAAGUUCAAAGUAUAAACAGUUUCAAAUUUACAAUUAUUUUCUAAUAAUAAAAACUGGAUUUCAUAGGAAUUUUCCAAUCACAACGCAACGUUGUUCAUACAAAAAAUAUAUUAACC